GACAUCAUCUUUCUGUCCAGCGCUGGUCCAGUAGCUCAAAUCCAUCGGUAAAGCAUGGCUUUGUUACAAAAACAGUGAAACACACUUUUUGUGCUGAGUAACACAUUCCAAGCAAGCAGCCUUUGUGUGUGUGUGUGUGUGUGUGUGUGUGUGUGUGUGUGUGUGUGUGUGUGUGUGUGUGUGUGUGUGUUACAAACACACAGUCUGCGGUGGAGGCUGUUUACAUAUGGGCAAGAUUCUCAGCAGGAUUCAGUGCAGAACUAUUAAUUAAAUUGUUGUUUGUGAUGUUGAGCGGUCAGACUGAUGGGCGGAGUCUUGCGAUGGCCACGCCUCUCUUCAAAAACACAGCCACACUUCACUUAAAGCUCUCUGCCUCCACUGUGCUGCUCACUUCAUGGUAAGCUUGCAUUGUGUCUUUCAUUUUCAUGACUAAUAUCAACAGUGCAUUAAUGGUUUUACUGAGUUUUGCCUUUUGAAAUUUGAGAUGCUUUCACCUUGAGGUAAAGUUAAUGUAAAAAAAAAAAAAUACUGUAUGAAAUAAUUAAUUUGGCUAUGAUUCUUCCCUGCUACUAAACAAAACCAAUAAGUGUGUUUAUGACCGGUUAAAGGAUUACAAGAUGGAUUUCUUGACUUGUGGAGAGAAGGACCCACUGUAUGCCAAAUACAGCACUUUUCCCGGAUGGCAUUCUUCACACAUAUAUCAGCACAAACCUUCUACAACCACUUACCUGCAACACCUGUCGGAGUACAUUGACUCAACUGGUGAGCCAAAAACUUGGGUGGCAUCAGGUACCAGAACUACCCGGGAUAUUUAUGACUUCAACAAGCAGACUGAAAUCGCAAAUUUUCAUUCACACACCAAGUUAUCUCACAGAGAAUUAACUGAUUACAUUGGGGAAGUGAGAAAUCCUGUACCAAUAGAAAAACAGAGAUCAGAUGAGGGGAGGUAUGCAGAAAGAGACUCAUAUGCACAGCACAAAGGGUGGGAAAACACAUGGCCAUUAAACUACAGAGAAAUAAGAGAAAACUUUGGAACAGACAGUCAUAAUGAGAUGCAAGCUUAUGCCGACUGCUAUCAUCAUACGCUUUCCAGAAAACCACCUCGCUUUGAGGUUGGGGAGUGGAGGUCAUCUAGGUGUGCUUCAGACAUGGAGAAGGUGUUGGGAUAUGGCCAGUGGACUGCUAGUCCAGACACAACUGAACAAUUCCAGCCAAAUGCUUUAACGUCACAGAAAAAAGACAUAACUGAGCUCAUUGGGGAACAUCGGUGGAAAAGGAGCCCUUGGAAUUUGAGAAAUACAGAGAGUGUUUUCCCAGUAGGAUCUUUCAGACAGCCUCCAUCCUACAUGGCACCACCAGCAUACAGCUCCCCGAAGAAUGGUGACAAGAUAGCAGCAAUACCAAAAGUUCCUGCAGAGGCAAGUGUGGAAGCAUUUGAGGAGCAGACAUUUGAGAGCAGAAAAGUACCCUUUACAGAUUUGACAGAAACACAUUGUGACCCUUCAUCAAACAAUGGACAUUAUUUAGAAAAAAAUAACCAGAAACAGAACACAGAGAGUUACCGCAGUGUUAUCACCGGUGGACAACACUGUUUAGAAGCCUUAAAUGCAUCCACUGUCAUGCAGUACACAACAAUAAACACAAAACCACCUUCAACUCAAGCACAGCUUCAGUACAGAGAGUCUCCACACAUGACCCAUACUGAUAUUACUCAGACGAAGCAGACCAAACUCACGAGAAGAAAGGGUGGUGAGACUGUGUUUUGUCUAGUCUCUCGAAUGGGAGAGGUGUCAGGCUUGUCAAGUUCUCCAGAGGAGCCACUUAAAUCCCACGUGUUACCCCUGUUAACUGAUUGCAAACCCGAUUACAAGCCAAUCACCACCGAGCAGACAAAUUCACCUCAGCACAAUGAUGUCAGCAGAGAAAAUCAGGAUGCAGGCUUGAAGAAGGACGAAGCUGUUGGGCAGCUCGACGGAUCCUUAAUGUUUGGAGAGUAUGGUCACACACCCCUAGAUCAAAGAUCCAGUUCUAUCCAGGAUCUGGGUAGUGCAAUAGAACCAGAUGAAGAAAAAGAAGAGUUGCAAUGUUAUGUCCAAGGGAACGACUCAGAGUCAAACUGUUUAGCCCAGAAGUCACCAAUGCAGACACAAGGACAUGAGAAACCAUGCAGGGAAAUCAUAGAGAAAUUCCCAUUGUGGAAAGAGCCAAAACAUCAGCAUCACUCAACAGGGAUGACAGAGCAAAAAAGCCAGGGGAUAAAUGAUGAGCCUGAAGUUAGCAACGACUCAACAAAUGACCAGCAGAGUCUUGUGGUCAUUGACGCAACCUGUGUUGUUGUCAAGGUUGAGCUUGUGCUUCUUCCAGAGAAGGAGCAUGUCCAGUAUGUGUGUUUGACAGAGGAGAGUCCUUCGCCAAGUAAUAGAGAGGAGACCGAGGUGCAGAAGCAGCACAGCAGUGUCGUCUCAAGCCAGGAGACUCCUGAAAACAAUACUUUGGAAGAGAGAGUAGAAAUGAUUCUUGGAAUUCCACAUGAGCAUCCCAGGACAAGUGUACAGACACACGAGAGCAUUUCAGAAGAACAUGACAGCUCCUGUGAAAGUCACAUCGUGGAUCCAGUAAAAGAGUUUGAGGAAUCUCCAUCUGCAGCUGCAACUGUUGAUGAGUGGCAAGCGCAGGAAAAUAAACUGAUGGUGGAACAUUCCUGGAGUGGGACAACAUUGGAGAAUAAUGAAGGCGUAGAGGAAGUGCUCAGCAUAAUGGAAGUGGAAAAGCAAACCACUGCACAAGAACCCGAAGCUGUUCUCAAAGACUUUGUGGCUUUCACAAAUGCAAAAUCCACAUCUGAAAUCCAACCUGAAAAGACAACCAUAGAUAUGAAUCAAUCCACAGAACAAGGACAUAGACCUGCGUUGGACGACAGUGUGGUUGAGCACAGUACACAGAAAGAUAAUGAGAACCAUCAAACAGAUACUACUAUGGACCUUACAGAGGAUAGUUCAACAGAAGACAACCUCUCAGAUGAUAAGCGAGUACUUGCUUCAGAUUUCUUUACACCUGUCCUUAGGAAAAGUGCAGAAAAUUGCGUCAAAGUUGUUUUACCUUCACCUGUGGGUUCCAGGACUCUCAGAAGGUCAAGCUCUUCACCUCAUUUGUCAUUUACCUCAGCUUCCAACACCUUGGAAGUAACAAAUGUAUCAGCUACUCCUGUGGUUUCUCACACAGAGAAUGAGCCACUGUUGCUUCCAUCUUUUACCAACACAGAAACCACCCAGUCCUCCGGUUCUCCCAGUGUUCAGUCAAGCUGUACAUCCUCACUCCCCGCUCCUUCUUCUACUCCAGUUCCAGAAGCUUUUGAAAAUCCAUCUCUCCCACAGACAAGAAAUACUCCUUCUGAUGAUUUACUCUGUACUUCAUUGCCCUGUGAGCAAAAAAUACAACAUGCCAAGUCUCUGUGGGACGCUGUAAGUCGUAUACGCAAACACACUGCUCCUGACUCUGAGACAGAGGAAGAGGAGACGGUUGAGUUUGGGGAACAAACUGAAAGUGCAGACACUGACUUGCUUUAUCAGAGACUGAACACAAAAGAAGGAGAAGAAUUGGAGGAUAAUACUUUAGAGAACUGAACAAAAACCAAAUGAUGUUUCUAUUCCUGUGCCAGAAAACACUGUGUGUAUACUAUCAUAGCAUUACAAGCAUAGGCCGUAGUGAAAUAGCAACAACCCCAGUGACACCACACACUAAUAUUUCACUGCUCCAGGCACUGUCAGUCUGUGUAUAAGUAGUGGGGAUUUUACAGUGACGCUUUCUGCAGUUAACAUUGUUAUGCCAGUAGGUCUUAAUGAGUGAGUCAUUGAAUCUUUCAAUCAACCAAUUAGUAGCAUCACCUGCUGUGUGUGAGAUAUGCAAUGGUUAAUUCUAAUGUCUCUUUGUUUGAAAGUAUUUUAACAUGUAAGAAGGGUGUACUUAAUUUUCACAUGAUUUUCUGCAUGAUCUGCAUAAUUUAUGUUACAUAAAUAGUUUUCUUUUUAAGGUAAUACAGUGAAAUUUGUUAUGCCUGUCGCCUGAGGCUGGAUUUGUCAAAUAAUAAAAACUGGAUCUGUACAAUCAAUAAAUGAAUGAAUGAUAAUAUAUGGAUAAUAAAUCACUUGCUAUUUAUCUGUAGCACUCACAAAUACAAAGAAUUACCUUUUUUUUAGUCCCUUGUAAUAUAUUUCCCUUAUAGUGUGAUUUUUACAAUAGCAAUAGGUCUAGAACAUUAACCCCCGGGUUCACAGUGUCAAGAUGCACACCUUAAUGUUUUCCUCUAAGGCAUUUUUGUAAAAGUUGCUUAAAUAUCUUAAUUUAACAAAGGCCUAGUCUUGGCUUAAGCUAAGCCCCGUUUGUGAAACUGGGCCUAAAGGUUUUCAAUAAUGCCUUUUGGAUCUUUUACUUCAAAAUAAGGUUUUCUUGUAUUAGAUGUUAAACUUCAACUGUCUACUCACACAAAAACACAAUGAGGCCAAAUGGUAGGGAAUGACAGACUGAAAUUUAUUAGAAAAGUGUUGUUGUAGUGCAGUAUCAGCUUUUGAGUUCAAACAGUGUGGGUAUUAAAUCAGUGAAACAACAAGAACUGUGCCUAUUUGUGAUGUACUGUAACUACUGGCUGUGCACGAGGUUCAGUUGCACUGGGAUCGUUUGAUAUUAUACAUUCUUAUUCGAUCCUACUUUGUGAUUAAACCUGUUGUAAACCUUCAGUUCUCAUAAUUUCUGCAUUACAAUGCCACACAAAAGGGACAAUAAAAUGUAUGCACAGUUUUGUUGCAUUUCUGAAUGGAAAGUUUACUUUUAAGGUACUAUUUUUUUAAAAAAGCCUUUGGAAAGCAUUAAUGUAACUAACAGGAGUCAAACUGGGGCUUGUGGAU